AGACCCAAACAAAGCAUAAAAGAGUUCAUAAGUCCACACUUUUUUCUCACCAACGUAAGAGGCAACCACAAUUCGAUUCAAUUUCCACAAAUUAAAGGAUGGGAAUUGUUGAAGAAGCACACAACGUGAAGAUUUUAGGAACAGGGGAUCGAACCAUAGUCCUUGCUCAUGGGUUCGGAACAGAUCAAUCUGUGUGGAAACAUUUGGUUCCUCAUCUAGUUGACGAUUAUAAGGUUGUCUUAUUUGACAAUAUGGGAGCUGGAACUACCAACCCAGAUUACUUUGACUUUGAAAGGUACUCAACCUUAGAAGGAUACGCCUAUGAUGUGAUCGCUAUUUUGGAAGAACUCCAAAUUCCUUGUUGUAUUUAUGUCGGUCACUCUGUUUCUGCCAUGAUUGGUGCCAUCGCUUCUGUUGCACGUCCCGAUCUCUUCACCAAACUUGUCACAGUUUCUGCUUCUCCAAGGUAUUUGAAUGACGUGGACUAUUAUGGAGGAUUCGAACAAGAAGAUCUGGAUCAAUUAUUUGAAGCAAUGAGAUCAAAUUACAAGGCAUGGUGUUCAGGUUUUGCACCUUUAGCUAUAGGAGGGGACAUGGACUCUGUUGCGGUACAGGAAUUCAGCAGGACAUUGUUCAAUAUGAGACCAGACAUAGCAUUAAGUGUGUUACAAAUUAUAUUCCAAAGUGAUUUGAGGCAUAUGUUGCCUCAUGUGACUGUUCCUUGUCAUAUAAUUCAGAGCAUGAAGGACCUGGCUGUGCCUGUCGUAGUCUCCGAAUACCUACACCAGAACCUCGGAGGCGAAUCGAUUGUGGAGGUGAUGUCCACGGAUGGACAUCUGCCGCAGCUGAGUUCACCUGAUGUUGUUUUGCCGGUGUUGCUUAGGCAUAUUCGCUUUGAUAUUUCCGUUGAUAAAUAAUUACUAGUAUGUGGUGGAAUUUAUUUGGGAUAUGUACAAAGUUACUUUCUUGCUUUGCUAAGUGCAAUUCAUAGCAAAGCAAUCCUAUGCAUGCAACUGCGCAAAUCUCAAUUGAUGAUGAUGGAUACGUGUCAAUUAAUAAAUCAACUAAGUUUCAGUAGUUGUAAAUUAAUUGAGAUCGGUUAUAUAAAU